AGACGCCGUGGAUCCGAUUUUGUGCGCGAGGCUGCUCAGUUGGCGGGUGACUUCCGACAUUAACUUUAGAGCGGAAACAUAUUUGAGCACUUAAAAACCCAUUAGCCUCAGCUGAAAUGGAUCAAGUUGCAGAUAUCCAAGUUAAGGAGCUGAACAAGCGUAGUUCGGGGCACGCCUUUGAGCUCAUCCUGAGACCCACCUCCCCUGAUGCAAAAGUACAAUUUCCACUGUCCCCUGUCCAAAAGAAAGAAAUUUCACUGGAUGAGAUUAUGAAGAAGCUGGAGGCUGCUGAGGAGAGACGCAAGAACCACGAGGCUGAAUUACUGAAAAAUCUAGCAGAGAAACGAGAGCAUGAGAAGGAAGUGAUCCAGAGGGCCAUUGAUGAAUGCGACAAAUUCAGCCAGAAUACCCUGGAGAAGCUCACUCAAAAAAUGGUGGCUGCACAAGAGCGACACGGGAUCCAUGAGGCUGAGGUGCUGAAAAAUAUCGCGGAGAAGAGAGAACGUGAGAAGGAAGUGCUCCAGAGGGCCUUUGAUGAAUGCUGCAACUUCAGCAAGACCACUCAGGAGAAGCUUACUCAGAAGAUGCUUGCUGCAGAGGAGAGAUACAAACGCCACGAGGCUGAAGUGCUGAAGCAAUUGGCUGAGAAACGAGAGCGCGAGAGAGAAGUGCUCCAGAGGGCUUUGGAUGAUUGUAGCAAUUUUAGCAAGAGAGCUGAGGAGAAGCUCAACCAGAAGAUGGAAGCAAACCAAGAAAACCGCCAAGCGCGAUUGGCUGCUCUCGAUAAGAAACUCAAAGAGAAAGAAAAGAAAAUUGAAGAAUCAAAGAAGACAAGGGAGUGAAGGGGGAAAACGAAUUUAUGAAUGCCGACAGUCUCAUGGAUAAGCUUUGCGUUACAAUUGUUUUUAUAGUUGCAGCUGAAUAUUAGUGCCUCUCUAGUUCCUGUUGGCAGCUGAUUACGCUGUAUUGUUUGUGGUGCUAACUGUUUUUCUAUUACUGGGCAUUCCAAUUAGUAUACUGGUCCAUAUGCAGCACUUGUUGUACGAUUUAUGGUUAAAGUUGCAGGUACUGUUCAUUUCUUAUUCAUUUUUGGAAAACCUUUUUUUGUAAUAAAGCAUGAUUUACUAAUAAACGCAA